AUGAUGAAGAUUUAUCGUAGUCGGAAGUCCGAAUUCGAUCCAGCCAAAUUGAAUGUAAGUUUAUUAUUUUUCGUUAAUUUUUUGUUGUUGUUGAAGAUAACAAUGUUCAGGAUUUAUCAGUAGUUCGAUUUAUGCGCUUUCAAUUUUGGUGAAACCAAUCAAGAGAGAGGAACUGUGAAGUUCUGAAACAUCUACGCACCCAAAAAAUGUUGCAAUUUCAAAAAUUGAGGACAAACGAUGAACCAAACAAGUAAUCGGAUGUCCGGGAAAUGAAAUUGCAAAAUAUCGUGAGUUUUUUGAAUGGUUUUUGAAUGAUCAAUUAAUUUUCCAAAUUUUUCAGAUGUAUCUUUGGCACAAUCAUUGGUGAUAUAGCUUCCAAAGCUGUUCAAUGAGUACAACUCUGCAACAAUUUGGCCGAAAUCACCAAAACUCCAUCGUGCUGGUUCGAAAUGAGGAUGGAAGAUGAAGCUAUAAUGUAGUCAGAAAUCCGAUUCUGAACCACCGAAUUGAAUGUGAGUUUCUUCCAUCAAUUUUUUUCAAUUCAAAAUUGGAAACAUUUUCAGGAAUUCUUGAGUAGUUCGAUUUUUGGAGUUUCAAUAUUGGUCGAAAUCACAAAGUUUCCAAAGAUUUGCAGUUUUCAACAUUUCGGGCGAAUGAUGAAGUCUUCAAAGUAAUCUGUUGCCCUGGCAAUGAAAUUGCAAAAUAUCGUGAGUUUUUUGAACGAUUUUUGGAUGAUCAAUUAAUUUUCCAAAUUUUUCAGAUUUGAAUUUGGCACAAUCAUUGGUGACUUUAGCUUGCAAAGCUCCCCAAAUCCACGAGUUCAAAUAUUCUCGAUUUUCACGAAUUUUGCGCAAAACCCAGGAAAUUUGAGGUUAGUCAGGUUUUCAAACGAAUUUAGAAGCUAUAAAUAUGGGUUACUGUAGUUCACAUUUUGGCAUCAAUUUAUUUAUGAUUACUUUUGGCGCUAAAAAAAGUCUGAUUUACAGUACUAUUGAAUUUUGGAAAAGCGGAUUUUCAAAGAGAAUUUUGAUCUACAAAAAAAUUCAAAAUUUUGAUCUACCAAAAAUUCAAAAAUUUUUAUUCCAGAUUGCGAAAGUCGAUAAUCAAUCGAUUGGUAUCACACGUCGUUGCAAUGUCAAAUGUUCGGGCAAAAUCUGAAGUCUUUGAAGUAAUCGGAUGUCCUGGCAUUGAAAUUGCAAAAUAUCGUGAGUUUUUUGAAUGGUUUUUGAAUGAUCAAAUAAUUUUUCAAUUUUUCAGGUGUGAAUAAUUCAUGUACAUAUAGUGUGAAACACUUCUGUAUUUGUUAUAUUGGUUGGAAACCGCCGAAACAAGUUAUCAAAUUAUGA